AUUCGCGUUAGUCCGCUAGUUGACCAGAACGCAAGUUCGCAGUCUCCGUGCUUUUGUUUACACAUCUCGACAGCAUUUCAAGUAGGGCCGAGGGAAAUACGGCUGCAAUUCACCAUAAUGGGUCGCGUGACUCUGGGGUUGGCAGCCCUUUCAUUGGCGCUGCUGGGUGUGAGCGCCGAGCCUUUGAGGAAGGUCAAUGCACAGCCUCCUGCUGCAGUCACCGACACGAGGCAAUGGUGGGAGACGGCAGUGAUAUACCAAGUAUAUCCCAGAUCUUUUAAGGAUUCCAACGGGGAUGGCGUGGGCGACCUUAAAGGAAUCACUAGUAAACUACAGUACCUGAAAGAUUUGGGCGUGGGCGCAGUUUGGUUAUCCCCUAUAUACCCUUCUCCACAAGCGGACUUUGGGUACGAUAUAAGUGACUUCACGAACGUAGACCCACAAUAUGGAACUAUGGAUGACUUCAACGAGCUCUUAACUAAAACGCACGAUCUUGGAAUGAAACUUGUCCUCGACUUAGUUCCUAACCAUUCCAGUGAUGAACACGAAUGGUUCAAAGCGUCCGUUAAAAUGGAUCCAAAAUACAAAGAUUACUACGUAUGGAAUGACGGAAAAAAAGAAACUCUAGACAAUGGAACUGUUAUUAAUGUUCCCCCGAACAACUGGCUCUCGAACUUCAGGGGAUCAGGAUGGACAUGGAACGACGAAAGGCAGCAGUUUUACUGGCACCAGUUCGCUGUGAAGCAGCCUGACCUGAACUACAGAAAUGACGACAUCGUAGAAGAGAUGAAGAACGUCCUUAGAUUCUGGCUUAAAAAGGGGGUGGACGGCUUCAGAGUGGACGCUGUCAUUACCCUCUACGAGGACGCGCAGCUCCGAGACCAGCCCCCCUGCGACUGUGAUGAGACAGACCCUACACAGCGUGACUCCCAGAAGCCUAUUUACACAGAAAACCUCGAUGAGACCUACGACAUGGUGGUGCAAUGGAGAAAGGUUCUUGAAGAAUUCGGAACCGACAAGGUCAUGAUGACGGAGGCGUACGCCUCUCUGGAUCAAACAGUGAGGUAUUACGGAACUCCUGAAAAACCUGGCGCAUCCUUCUCUUUUAACUUCUAUCUUAUCACAAGUCUCAGUGUUUCAUCGAGUGCAAGUGACUUUAAGAAAGUCAUCGACGAUUGGAUGAGUAAAAUGGACAGUUUCCGCAAGCCAAACUGGGUGAUCGGGAACCACGAUCAGUUCCGAGUUGGCUCUUUCUUCCGGUACGGCGAGGAGCUUCAGAAUGGCCUCAACAUGAUCUCUCUUCUGCUGCCUGGAACCGCAAUGACCUAUAAUGGGGAGGAAAUCGGCAUGGACAAUACGUAUAUCACUUGGGCACAGACUAAAGAUCCGCAAGCCAAAAACAAUGGCGAAAAGGACUACCUAAUGAAGUCACGAGACCUCGAGCGCACGCCCUUCCAGUGGGACAGUUCGACCAGCGCCGGUUUCUCUACCAAUCCAUCUACUUGGUUGCCCGUCAACCCCAACUACUUCCAGCUCAAUGUGAAAGCUCAAGAAACCGCCGAAUACUCACAUCUUAAGAUGUACAAAGCCCUGCUGAAGGCACGGCAACAGCCUGCAGUUCAAGGUCCAAACUAUUCUGCUGAUGCCAUGGGAAAUGUCUUGGUCAUCAAGCGUGAGCUUGCCAACUACGACAGCUUCAUUGUUCUGGUCAACUUUGACAGCAGCGAAAGUAAUGUCAAGGUUUCGGAUCUUGGACACAAUUCACUGAAUGUUUGGACUUCAAGCCUAAAUUCAGAUUGGAAAACCGGAAGUACGGUAACAGGAACAAUAAAAAUGCGACCCAAGAGCAGCAUGGUUUUGACGACUGGAAGCACCCCUGCUCCUGCGACUAGUCCUGCGCCUGAAACUACUGCGGGAGGUAGUACCUCUACCGCGGCCCCUCCAUCAUCCCCUCAACCAUCUCCUACACCAUCAGGAAGUGGACAACUCAUCCCAUCUACAACUUUCCUAACAGCGCUUGUGUUUUUAAUCUGCAUGCAACUUUAAAAAUGAACAAAGUAAAAAGCAUAAGAGAGAAAUAUAAAAAUUAAGAACAAAAACCAGAACAGAGAGAUCUGAAGGCUGACGUAGUAAAACUACUAGUAAUUGUUUUGCUAAAAUUGUUUUCUUUUGGAAUUAUAUUUUGAAAUUAAACCAAUUACCAAAACAAAAAA